UUUCAGAUACCCCUUUGGCGCCAUAAAAAACCCUAAGACUUAUUACUCAUCAAGUUCGUAAAAGAUCCACAAUUUCUUCCAGAAUUACCAGUCAAGCUUCACACCAGAUCCUAUUUGAUAUCAAUUAUACCUGAAUCGAGAAAGUCUACCUCAAUAAAAAAAAGAAGAACGAUUCAUAAUCAAUGGAAGGGCUGUCAAUGUUAUGCGCUGGCCUCGGAAUCAUUGAAGAGGACGACGAUGCUAAUCGAAUUGGCUAUUCCAAAGGAGAGUACUGCUUAGAUAAUUUGAAGGAUUUGUUGAGGUUUUUAAGGCGAGAUGCCCCUCAAACACGAGAAGUUUUCAAGCAAGUAUGUAAAUGGAAUAUUGUGGGCAAAGAUUUGAUUCCUAUUAUUGAGUACUGUCAAGAUGACCGAAAUCUGCUGUUAAAUGCAGUAAAGGUUAUGGUGUUUCUAACGAUGCCCAUUGAUCCUGCAUCACAUGACAUACCGCAACAGAUAGAGCUUCUUUGGGGAGUAAAGUCAUCAAUUACCUAUAGUGAUGCUGUGCCGGUGAUAAUGUCUCUCUUGGAAAGCCCAUUGGAAAAUUUGGCUUGUGAGGCUUUCACAGAAGAUGACUGGAAAAUGGUGCAGUUGGUGCUUAGUUUAUUUCGUAAUGUUUUGGCUAUUCAAGACAUAUCAACCCAGCAGAAAUCUGGUGGUUCGAUGACAGAAUUUGUGUUUCUCAGAGACAGGUUUCUAGAGCUCUUGUUUAAAGAGAAUGUAAUGGAUGUCAUCUUAGUUUUAUCACAGCAUGUUGGUGGCUCUUGUACCUAUCUCCGUCAUGAUAAUUUGCUUUUGUUGGAGACAUUCUAUUAUAUAUUCAUGGGUCAGCUGCCGGAGUUAAUUGCUAAAGCACAUCUCAAGGAUGCAAAGGUGGAUGAAGAUAGUGAUAUUUCAAUUAACUCUCUCAAAGAUAUAAUGGAAGAAGAACGUGAAAAGAGAAAAGUUAUCAGACAACGAAACCUGGGUUGCUAUUCUCAGUUCAGUGGAACUUUUACACGGUUUUCCCUGGAUGGUUCUAAAACUUUAAUUAAGGGCAAUCCUUGCUCUGUUUCUCAUGACCCCUUGAUAAUAGCUCACAAGAAGCACCGGGGUCCGGCAAAAAGGACUGUGUGGGACCAAGGAAGACUACCUGCAACCAAGAACAAGAUUUUAAAUUUGCUUUAUGAUUUUAUUAACCAGUUCCUAGGAGGGGGAUACAACGUUCUGAUGCAGUCAGUUCGUGAUGACAUUGAAAAAGAACAUCAUGCUAUUCAGAAUAGCGAUAUUCUUAUUUUCUUUCAGGUUGCUCAAUUUGUUACUUCUUUUCAGUACCACAAGUUUUUGAAUCAGGUAAGCAACUUACUGCAGUUGCUAGAAACUGAGAAAACAAUUAAGUUUGGGCUUACUUGCUCUGAGGAAUAUUUACAUUUUGAAGCAUUUGAUCAGCUUUCUAUGAUAUCCAGUGAUGCCUGA